AUGGCAACUGAGCUUCAUAAAUGGGACCAGGGCGGGAAGAAGCGGUUUGCAACGAGGCAGACUGUUAAGAAGGGGAGGCGCCGGGCAAACAGCAACAGUAGUAGCAGCCGUCGCCGCCGCCGCCGCGGAGGAAGACGAAGGGGGGUGGGUGUACUGAAAGCGGUGGGCGCAGCUUUUUCUUCACCCAGACCGGCAAGAGGAGAGAAGCACAUGGCGAGGAGCAACGCGGACGGCACAGGUCGGCGCGCGCAUUAGCCCGCUGACAGACAAGGAGACCGCGCCUCUACCUCCUGGCCGCCUGCUUUCUUCCUACCGUCCUACCUUCGCUCCGCGGCUGCAGGCAGCACCUCCUUCUCUCGCCCCCUCCCCGGUACAUCUUCCUCCUCCUCCCCCCAGUGCCGCCUGGCGGAGAGGCUCGCUGGUUCCGCGCUCACUGGGGGUUCGCCUCUGAGCAGCUCCCGGAACAAGUCAGGUGGGAGGGUCUGCGGAGCAGAAAGCACGAGGCGCGCGAAGCUAAGCGCAGAAGCCCGCCGCUUGCCUCUCUUGCGCUUAGGAGCCGCCAGGGACGGGGCCAUGUGAAGGUCGGGAAAGAAUUGCUUCAUACACUUUCCCCCAAACCCUGCAUAAUUGAAAUCUGGGGUUAUGAAGUCAAUCCUGGAUGGCCUCGCAGAUACGACCUUCAGAACAAUUACAACCGAUCUUUCUUACAUGGGUUCUAACGACAUCCAGUACGAAAAUUUUAAAAACGACAUGGCCUCCAAAUUAGGAUACUACCCACAGAAAUUUCCUUUUUCUUCUUUCCGAAGUGAUUUCCGACCAAAAAUGACUGCUGGAGAUAAUGCUGUUUUGAGUGCCCAUCCAUCGGAUCAAAUCAAUCUUACAGAUUUUUACAAUAAAACUAUGUUCAAGGAGAAUGAUGAGAAUAUACAAUGUGGGGAAAACUUCAUGGACAUGGAGUGCUUUAUGAUUUUGAACCGUAGCCAGCAGCUGGCCAUUGCCGUACUGUCCCUUACUCUGGGUACCUUCACUGUUCUGGAAAACCUUCUGGUCUUGGUUGUCAUCUUGCACUCCCGAAGCCUGCGUUGCAGACCUUCCUACCAUUUCAUCAGCAGCCUAGCAGUGGCUGAUCUGCUGGGUAGUGUAAUCUUUGUCUACAGUUUUGUUGACUUCCAUGUUUUUCAUCGGAAAGAUAGUCCGAAUGUAUUCCUCUUCAAACUGGGCGGAGUUACAGCCUCCUUCACUGCCUCGGUUGGUAGCCUUUUUCUUACUGCAAUAGACAGGUACAUAUCUAUACACAGGCCCCUGUCCUACAAAAGAAUUGUUACCAGGUCCAAGGCUGUUGUAGCAUUCUGUGUGAUGUGGACCAUAGCUAUAGUGAUAGCUGUUCUUCCCCUGCUUGGUUGGAACUGCAAAAAACUCAAUUCAGUGUGUUCAGAUAUAUUUCCUCUAAUUGAUGAGAACUAUCUGUUGUUCUGGAUUGGGGUGACCACUGUCCUCUUGCUUUUUAUUGUGUAUGCCUAUAUGUAUAUACUGUGGAAGGCUCAUAGCCAUGCUGUUAGAAUGCUUCAACGUGGCACUCAGAAGAGCAUAAUAAUUCAUACUUCAGGAGAUGGUAAAGUGCAUCAAAUAACUAGGCCUGAACAAACACGGAUGGACAUCAGGUUAGCCAAAACCUUGGUCCUCAUCCUUGUGGUUUUGAUUAUCUGCUGGGGUCCUCUUCUUGCAAUUAUGCUCUAUGAUGUUUUUGGGAAGAUGAACAAGCUUAUCAAGACCAUCUUUGCCUUCUGCAGCAUGCUCUGUCUGCUGAAUUCCACAGUGAAUCCCAUUAUCUAUGCUCUCAGGAGCAAGGACUUGAGACAUGCUUUCAGAAGCAUGUUCCCAACUUGUGAAGGGACAGCACAACCUCUUGAUAACAGUUUGGAAUCUGACUGCCAGCAAAGACAUGCUAACAACCCAGGUAAUGUUCAUAAGGCUGCUGAAAGGUGUAUUAAAAAUACAGUUAAGAUUGCCAAAGUGACCAUGUCUGUUUCCUCAGACACUACUGCAGAGGCAUUGUAAAACAAAGACCUCUCAGCAUAAAGAGAAAAAAUUAAGAGAAAAGAAGAUGAAUUGAUGACUUCAAAAGUAUGUGUUUCCUCAAAUGUAUUUUUAAGUAUCUUGUCAUUGUUUGAAAAAGUAAUUGUUGUUGUGAUUACACAGCAGCCUUUCUCCAAGUUCUGCAAAUAAGAAUCCAAACUGUGGUUUUUUUCCCAAAAAAAAGCACAGGUUUUCCAUUGGGAAAAUUCUAAUUGAAUAAUAAUGACUUGAUCCUAUUAUGUACAAAACAAUACAUAAAUCAGUGAGAAAAACCUACACACACAGGUAAACUUUCUGAAAAUUUGAAAUGUGUAAUCAAAUCAAAAUUAAAAAUUAUAAUCUUAGUUUGAUUUCCAGUGUGAAAUGUAUUGUCUGUAAUUUAAUAGAGGUUUGAAUCCCCCUCAUGCGGCAGUACUGGAUUGUAGAUGUUUUGUAUCAUGUCUUGUGAAAUGUUUUACUGUAUGUUACUGAUAUUUGUCUAACCAAAGUGAUUAGAUAGACUUGCGUGGAAGUAAUGUAAAGUAUGUGAUAAUGUAAUACCCUUCCCUCACCAUGAAAACACUUCCCAUAUUUUGAAGACUCCUAUAAGGUAUUUUGAAAAUAUUACAUUCUUAGUGAUUUUUAGUGAAUUGAAAAGGAAAGACUUUGUAUUUCUUCUGCUAACAUUUGAAAUCCCUAUUAAGUUUGAAUUCAUGUAAACAUGGGAAUAACAGCAACAAAAGAAUAUCAUUGCAAAAGAAAGUAAUACACUGGUUAUGACCAACAAAAGGCUGUAUUUUAGAGACCAUUCUGUUAUAUUACAGCAGGUUGGCUUUUUAUGGGAUCUUGUUUGAAUGCAAACACUACCCCCAAAGGAAGGCAUCAGGUAGUGACUUCUUUAACUGGUAACUAUUUUUACUGGAUUUCUGAAGACAGAAUAUGUCAAUUCAGUGUACAGUACGUUAUCACUGUGAUGUAUAUUUGAAAUGUGUUGCAUUUCUAAAUCCUAGGUUCAAAUAGAUUUCAAGCCUGAGAUGUCAAAUAUCAGACUUCAGUAACAAGAGGAUAAAGAAUUAGUGCUAUACUUUAAAAAAUGUAUGAGUGUGUAUAUAGUUAAAUAAUGUCUGUGUAUUUUGUCUAUGCUGUGUAUGUAUCCUAAAUAAGUGUGGGUUGUAUUAAUAUUGCUAAGAUUAA